AUGUUGGAAGGCCAUGGCUCCUCGGAGCACUCUAGAGACAAUGUGGACUUCUGCACAAUGGGCAUGUUCAUUCUUGGAGGCGCAGCGUCAUUUGCCGUUGUUGGUGCCCGCUUGGUAACCGGAAGAGAACAUUCGCAGGCUGUGAGCUGGAUUGUGGAUGUUGGCUCCGAUUUCCCUCCAGAUGUUCUCGAUCUGCUCAAGUCGUGGGAUACAAACUGUGUAUUCCGGGAGGAUCAAAGUCGUUUGACAACCAGGGCCUGGAAUGGUUACGGUCCAAAUGAGAAGCGGGACUUCAAAUACCUGACCCCAAAGUUGCGCCUGGAACCAGAAAUGCUGUCUGAUGCUCAGGUGUUCUCCAAGACCUUCCACAUGGUCUGCUCCUCCUCGCGUUGUAUUUCAAUUGUACAAACAAUCCUGCGCAGACGGGAGGAACUACAGCGAGCAGGCAAAGCUCCCCCAGUGGAGCACGCUGCGAGAAGACCUAUUUUCGUUUGGGAACCUGUGCCGGAUCUAUGCACGCCAGAAGAGCAAGAGCGGUUCCUUGCGGCAAACCAAGUUGUAGAUGUUGUGAGCCCCAACGAACUGGAACUCGGAAUGAUGUUUGGCCAGCCUGGUUGGAGCGAGGACACCGACUAUGGGAAGAGCAUCGUCAAAAAGAUCCUUGAGUCAGGUAUUGGUCCUGAUGGGAACGGGCAUUUGGUUAUCAGAGCCGGUAAAGACGGCAGCUACUCUUACUCUAGAUCCCAGAGGGUCUGGCUGCCCGCCUACCAUCAGCCCAGUGCUUCAGGGGCGUCGGUGGUGAUUGACCCCACUGGCGCGGGCAACUCUUUUCUGGGUGCCCUGACGCAGGGCAUGGUCAGUGCAGGCAGAGAACCAGCCAAUCUUGUCGACUCGGUCCUCGCAGGAUCUACGGCAUGGCAGGAAGCAGUGCAAGCUGCUGCACAGCAUAGCCAGGUCUUGACGGCCUUGAUUUUCGCUACUGUGGCGGCCAGCUUCGUGGUGGAGCAGAUCGGAGUGCCGCGCAUGUCUACAUCCAGUGAUGGAAAGGAGCUUUGGAACGAGACUGAGUUCACGGAACGGGUCCGUCUGUACACACAGCGCUUGUAUCGAACAUUGGAAGAGUCUCCUCAGAAGCACUUUCAGAUCAACUGACCGUAUGGAAGAACGCCCUUCUAUUGUCGUACAGCCCACAAAAUUAUGAAACAAAACCUGGCAUGCCAUAGAAAACCACCACAGGUACUCAUUUUCCCACAACUACCUCUUCAUCCUGUUGCCGCUCUAUGACCGGUUCUGGGCGGCCAGCUGCUUUUCGUGUUCUCUGAUUUCCCGGCUCCAGCUAGAUAGAAGCAAUAUAAAGUCAACGACUGCUGCUUAGAAACACAUGACACGAGAUUGGCUGAGGGGACUGACUAGCGACUGGGGAAGAAUCUGCCGGGUUCGGGCAUCUUGUCACGGUGCUCACGGUCGGCACUGAUGCUCCAGGUCACAGCGACGACUCCAAGGACAGCGGCGCCAAUGAUGGCCGUGUUGACCCUCCAGUUU